AUGAGUAUCCAUAGUACUCGUAGAGUUACAAUAAGUGUAGUCAUUUUGUUUGUUUUAUUGGGAUUGGUAAUUGGUACUUAUGCCUCUAGAGCUCUCCUUGAUAAUGAUGGUCUAAAUAGUGGUGCAGCAGCUGCAUAUGGAAGUGGAAUAAAUGGUGCAACACAAUAUGGAGUUGGUGGUGGUAUUGGAGGAGCUGGCGCAACCGGAGGCGAAUAUGGCGGGGGUGGUAUGGGAGGAGGAGAAGGAGAAGCUGGUGGUAGCGGUGGCAGCAGUAGCGGCGGCAGCAGUAUCGGGUUUGCUGCUAAAGAGGAAUAUGCAACUAAUAACAGAGGUGGUGGCCUUCAGUAG